AUGACUUCCGCUCCACUCCCUCGUACCCACAUUCGACCGGUCUCCACUUCCGGCUUGCUCACCUUCACCGGUAUAUUCGCUGCGACUGUUGCAACCUUUUUGACGCAGAGCUUCGAGCAACUCCAGCCUGACACCGCUUCUCAAGCCGUCUUCGUCGGAAAUCAAACCGUCUACCUUCUUGCGCAGCUCGUCUCGGCGAACAAUCCCACGCUCGCCGUACCUAAUCCGGACAUAUCGUCCAGUCCAUUCAUCUUCGAAGCGCCGACGUCCGCCGUCGUCCUGAACUCCCUCUGGUUCCUUAGCCUUGUCAUCUCCCUCGUUUGCACACUUCUAGCGACCCUCGUGCAGGAGUGGUCGCGAGACUUUCAGCGAGCCAGCUCACGCCGCUUCACAGACAAGACGGUCAAAGAAGCCGCCUUCAAUCACAUAUAUCAGCGCAUGGGCGUCGAUCGCUUCGGACUGGACUACAUGACCUCUAUCAUCGUCGGAUUGAUUCAUGUCUCGGUCGCCCUAUUCCUCGUGGGCCUGGCGAUCUACCUUGUCCCUAUCCACCGCGUCCCUGCGUUGGUGGUCAUCAUAUCCUCCGCACUUGCAGCAGCGUUCUAUGUCGCGGCGAGCAUCAUACCCGUCUUCGCCCACGAUUGCCCGUACUAUACGUGGCUUACACCUGUCAUUGGUCGCCUCUGCUGGCUCGUGUACACUUUGAUAUUCAUUCUAUCGAAUCUGGUGCGGGAACGCAGCCGCUUGCACAAUCGAAACCAGAAGAUGGACUUUUCCAUCUUCAUAGCCCUCUUCAAGGGUGUUAGCAGAUACACCUAUGAACUCUUUGAUUCCGAGGUAGACUGGGUGUUCAUGAAGGACCUACCGCACGAUCUCAAGACUCACGACCUCGUCUCCCGUUGGCUGAGAGGGCGCAGCACCAAUUGGGAUUCGUUCAUGAAUGGAUCUCGUUUGGCUUUCGUCUGGGAAAGGAUGAGCGGAUACCUGCUGCUAGAUCCUAAAGAGAACAAGGACGCCAUCGGCGCACUUCUCGAUCAUCUCCCUCGUCAGAUGCCAGAUACCGAUAUCAAAAGCGUCUCCGCGUUCAUAGUCCACUUGCGACGCCGGGAGAGGUUCAUGAACCCUCUAGUAGACCGGAUGAGCGAGGUCAACUCAGCGGCCACUGCCGUAGGAUCUCUCAAACUCCUGCAAGUGCUCAUCGAUGCGCAUUCUUCUGAUGCAUCGAUGUACGACUAUCUUGGCAAUCAUUGGAAGACUAUGGAUGAUACCGUUGCGAAGGACUUUACGCGUAUUCUUGAGCAAAUCUGCUCAGUUCACAGGAGUGUCUUAUAUGGCGUCGGGAAGGAGCACGCUCCUAGUUCCCCGACCGGCACUGCUCGUGGCGGUGACCUUUCCGUGUUGAUCGCCGUGACCAAGCUGCGGAGAACUCUCUUGCGAAAGAGGGACGAGCUGCUUCGCGCAGAGUUUACUCUCAGAGACGAUACAGAGCGGCGAACGCCGCCCAAUAUCGACAAGAUCAAGCCCUUGGAUAAGAUGCUGCUAUGCCUUGAGCAAGUGCAAGACUUCCGUUUGCUCCCUCUGCUCGAGCGUCAUGCUAAUGACAAUGGGGCUACGUCUGGGGCUACAAGGGCUCUUGAAAUCGCUCCGUCUCCUGGAGAUUCUCCCGGGAUUGCGCGCUUGAGGGAGGAUCUCGAUCGUUACGACCCGGCAUUGGGCCCUAAGCUCACCGCCCAGAACAUGCUGACAUUGGUGGCGUAUCUCAUCUGGUUCGAGCUGCAAGCCGCCGACAAAGCCCAGCAAUCCCACAGUACGCUGGCCGGUACAUCCUACCCCGCCAUGUUUGAAUUUGACGACACCAGUCGUGACGAGAACCUUUCGCAUCUAUUGGGCUGGAUCGAAAAGAACGCUGAUGAGAACAAGAUGAUAGCGUGCACUUCCGACCAGCAAUUGUCCGCCGUGUUCAUGCGCCUGUCUGGUAUAUGCACUGACAUGCUCAACCUGCGUGCGAAGACGUCACAAGGUCAGACCCAGUUCGAACUCGACGAGCUCAGGCAGAAUCAGGGUGGCAGGAAGGCCAUCAGAAAUUUGUUCAAUCACAUUCUUCGACGAGUUCCCCACCUUCGUCUCCCAACGGCAAACCCUAGCACAAAUCAUGGGUCAUCCGCUGUAGAUCGGGUUGCUGAGAGUCUGAAGAUGCUUGCUGAGUUCUGCAUCUUCAGUCCCGCACAUCGGGAGCCACCUCGCGCAGCUGUCGCGCCCCAGCGCAUAUCGCUGACCCUUCCUCAAUUAAAGGCACUCGGCCUGGGUUUUGGUGUUCGGCAGAAGUCGCACGUGCCGGUGACCAAGGAUCCCGCGAUGAGACCGAAUGAGGCGCGGACGGACGAUGCCCUUCGAAAUCCGACUAUCCGACAAGAUCAUGAUGCUCCCGGACAAUCCCGGGGCGACGGCACAAUUACUCUUCCAGACGUGUACGUUACUCUCACCAACGCCGAGAUGAACGAACUUGGGAUAGAACUCUCUGUCCGACGCGAGCUGGAUAUCAAGAUCGAGUCCGAGGAGUUAAGGGCAGAUGACGGUCAAGGGACGGUUGACGAUGGACUUGCGAAUACGCGUUCGCCGCAUUUAGAGCCUGCUGCUGCACAUCUGGCCUCAACGACGUUGCAGGGAGAUGGACCCAUGAGUGAACUGUUCGGGAAGCGCGCAGCAGCCUGA